CUUCACACGCGCGCACCUGUCCAUACGUGCCCAUUGAAGCCCAGCAGCAACUAGCAGCACGUUUAUUCAAAGACACCAACAUCUUCGGGAAACUGCAAUUGGCACAUUUUGGGCAUUCAACUUUACACUCCACAGCCACACCAUAUAAGCGAUGGGAAAGCAGUACAUCUCAACGGUCUCCGCCGCUCAGGCCCACAAACUGGACAUUCUGGCGGUAGCCAUGACCAAUAAAUACACCAUCACUGUGUCCAGUGACGGGUACGCUGCCUUUUGGGACAACAAGCAAGAUGAAGUGCACAUGCCACAUGACUUUGCUGUGCACAAACUCAUCAAUAAGAUCGGGAUCCAUCACGUGGCUGUGUUUGAAGACGUGCCUUCGGGCCUGACCACGCGGGUCCUGUUGGUGGCAUUUGCCUGUUUUGACGGGCUGAUUCAGUUUUACCAGUACACAAACGACGACCUCGAAAGCUUUGUGGCCGUGGCGACAAAACUGGUCUUCAGCCACGACUUCUGGUGCCCGGGAUUCUACAAGGACCCCGAGUCCACGCAGCACUUUUUCGUAGGUACAAAGGCUAACGGGACGACAGCCGUCCACGAGCUCAACAUUUUUGUGGACGAGAACGAGGAUGUGACCGUUGACUUGGCCACUGAAGCUGGCGUUCUCAACUCCUCCAAGAACUUCACCUCGUACCCAAACGCUUUGAGUGUGUCUCCCACUGCAGAUGCGCUUUGUGCUGUCGGGUAUACGUCAGGAGACGUGGUUGUGUAUAGCAUCAAGAACCAGAAACAGGUGUUCACGUUCCACUCUACUGACUUGCAGGUGAAGCAGGGCAAAGGAUCCACGGCUGUGCCCCGCGUCUUGGCAUUUUCUCCCGGAGGCUCGAUUUUAGCAGUGGCCAGAGACAAUCAGUCUGCUGGCUCAAUCACGCUAUACGAUGUGAAGUACGGGGAGAACGUGGGCUCUUUGACGACCCUGACGCAUUCCGCCAAGACCACCAUAGGUGGGUUUGCACAUGAGGGAUGGAUUAUGGGAUUGAGUUUCAAUGAAGACGGCAGUCUUUUGGCGUCGUGCGGGUUCGACAAGUGUUUGCGGGUCUGGAACUUGGAGCUGCGGGAGAGGGAGGCCACGAUUCUGGUCAACGUGAGCGACCUAGAAGACACCACUCACGACGAAGUUGACUCUAGUAUAUGCAGUGGCAUUGCAUUUAUCAAGAAGGGUGUACGUGGGGGACCAGGCGGCGAUGCCAAUGAAGGUUUGUGUGUGGUCAGUUUCGACCGAGGCGUACGCUGGUACAGAGAAGCAGGUGGGAUCUAAGCGCAGAGGCGUAGUUAGUGAGCAUGAAAAAAAUGAUUGCGUAACAAUCAAUGCAUUGAGUUUAAAGAGCGAAGAAAGCUACCUUCUUCUUGCCGACCCUCUUUUGGGACUAUGGUUAUUUAUCACUUUAAUGUGCUUGUUACAGUCCUGAGCACCAGAAAAUGCUUUUGGGUCCACCUUUUCGGUAAAUCCGUGCAUGGAAGUAUUCUCAACAUGAACAAGGCUACAAGUAAGACACGAGAAAGGACACGGGCCUUAGAAGUUUUUGCUAGAUUGUAUUCAAUACUUAGUCUGAGCACUCAGAAGAACAGACAACUAGACGAACAGACGCAUGUGACGACGAUGUCGCAUAACCGUAUACUCAUGAAACAGGAAACCACGACA